GAUGCCAUAACUGAAAUGGAUGAACAUAAUCGUCCCAUUCAUACUUACCAGGUAUGUAAUGUGAUGGAACCAAACCAAAACAACUGGCUUCGAACAAACUGGAUCUCCCGUGAUGCUGCACAGAAAAUUUAUGUGGAAAUGAAGUUUACCCUGAGGGACUGCAACAGUAUUCCAUGGGUACUGGGAACCUGCAAGGAAACUUUCAAUCUCUACUACAUGGAGUCAGAUGAGUCUCAUGGAGUAAAAUUCAAGCCAAACCAGUACACUAAAAUUGAUACUAUUGCAGCUGAUGAGAGCUUUACCCAGAUGGACUUGGGUGACCGCAUUCUUAAACUCAACACAGAAGUUCGUGAGGUUGGGCCAAUAAACAAGAAAGGAUUUUAUCUUGCUUUUCAGGACAUUGGAGCAUGCAUUGCUUUGGUCUCAGUCCGUGUUUAUUACAAAAAGUGCCCUUUCACAGUCCGUAAUUUGGCUAUGUUUCCUGAUACUAUUCCAAGGGUUGAUUCUUCCUCUUUGGUGGAAGUACGGGGCUCCUGUGUGAAGAGCGCUGAGGAACGUGAUACUCCAAAAUUGUAUUGUGGGGCAGAUGGGGACUGGCUUGUGCCUCUUGGACGAUGCAUCUGCAGCGUAGGAUAUGAAGAAGUGGAUGGCUCCUGCCAUGCUUGCAGGCCUGGAUUCUAUAAAGCAUUUGCUGGAAAUGUAAAGUGCUCCAAGUGCCCUCCACACAGUUUGACUUACGUAGAAGCAACUUCUGUCUGUCAGUGUGAGAAAGGUUACUUCAGGGCUGAGAAGGACCCACCAACUAUGGCAUGUACCCGGCCACCUUCUGCUCCGAGGAAUGUGAUUUUUAACAUCAAUGAAACAGCUCUCAUGUUGGAAUGGAGCCCCCCGAGCGAUACCGGAGGAAGAAAAGAUCUCACUUACAGUGUCAUCUGUAAGAAAUGUGGGUUGGACGCCAGCCAGUGUGAGAUUUGUGGGGGAGGUAUCCGUUUCAUCCCCAGGCACACGGGACUCAUCAACUCCUCUGUGACAGUGCUUGACUUUGUGUCGCACGUGAACUACACCUUUGAAAUAGAAGCCAUGAAUGGGGUCUCAGAGCUGAGUUUCUCUCCCAAGCAGUUCACAGCUAUCACGGUUACCACAGACCAAGAUGCACCCUCCUUGAUAGGUAUGGUAAGGAAGGACUGGGCUUCCCAAAACAGCAUUGCCCUCUCCUGGCAAGAGCCGGACUUUCCCCCUGGAGCCAUUCUGGACUACGAGAUCAAGUACUAUGAGAAAGAGCAUGAGCAGCUCAGCUAUUCCUCCACAAGGUCCAAGGCUCCAAGUGUUAUCAUCACAGGUCUCAAGCCAGCCACCAAGUAUAUAUUUCAUAUCAGAGUCAGGACGGCAGCAGGAUACAGCGGCUAUAGCCAGAAGUUUGAAUUUGAAACUGGAGAUGAAACUUCUGAUAUGGCUGCGGAACAGGGACAGAUUCUUGUAAUUGCCACUGCUGCUGUUGGUGGAUUCACUCUCCUGGUCAUCCUCACUUUGUUCUUCCUGAUCACCGGGAGAUGCCAGUGGUAUAUAAAGGCCAAAAUGAAAUCCGAAGAGAAAAGAAGGGCUCAUUUGCAAAAUGGACAUUUACGUUUCCCAGGAAUCAAAACAUAUAUUGAUCCAGACACAUAUGAAGACCCAUCUCUUGCUGUCCAUGAGUUUGCAAAGGAGAUAGAUCCUUCAAGAAUUCGUAUUGAGAGAGUUAUUGGGGCAGGUGAGUUUGGAGAAGUAUGCAGUGGGCGUCUGAAGACACCAGGAAAAAGAGAGAUACCUGUUGCAAUUAAAACUCUAAAAGGCGGCUAUGUGGACAGGCAGAGAAGAGAUUUCCUGAGAGAGGCUAGUAUUAUGGGACAAUUUGAUCACCCAAAUAUAAUUCGCCUUGAAGGAGUUGUUACAAAAAGAUCCUUUCCGACCAUUGGGGUGAAGUCUCUUUCGAGAUUCCUGAGGGCGGGAUUUUUAAAUAGCAUCCUGGCCUCACAUCCAGUGUCAGGGGGUGGAUCUUUACCCCCCAGCAUUUCCUCUGGCAGACCAGUAAUGAUUGUAGUUGAAUACAUGGAGAAUGGAUCCCUUGACUCCUUUCUGCGGAGGCAUGAUGGCCACUUCACAGUCAUCCAGCUGGUUGGCAUGCUGCGGGGGAUUGCAUCUGGCAUGAAGUACCUCUCAGACAUGGGCUAUGUACACCGCGAUCUGGCAGCCCGUAAUAUCUUGGUCAACAGUAACCUCAUGUGUAAAGUCUCUGAUUUUGGUUUGUCACGAGUGUUAGAGGACGAUCCAGAAGCUGCUUACACAACAAGCGGUGGAAAAAUCCCCAUACGAUGGACCGCUCCUGAAGCUAUAGCUUACCGGAAGUUCUCUUCAGCAAGUGACGCGUGGAGCUACGGGAUUGUAAUGUGGGAGGUGAUGUCCUAUGGUGAGAGACCAUACUGGGAGAUGUCCAACCAGGAUGUUAUACUGUCUAUUGAAGAAGGCUACAGGCUUCCAGCUCCCAUGGGCUGCCCAGCUUCUCUUCACCAACUAAUGCUUCACUGCUGGCAAAAGGAGAGGAACCACCGUCCAAAAUUUAGUGACAUUGUCAGCUUCCUAGACAAACUGAUCCGCAAUCCGAGCACCCUUCAUACCCUAGUGGAGGACGUACUUGUAAUGCCAGAUUCACCUGGUGAAGUUCCAGAAUAUCCUUUGUUUGUUUCAGUCAGUGACUGGCUGGACUCCAUAAAAAUGGGUCAGUAUAAAAAUAACUUCAUGGCAGCAGGUUUCACAACUUUGGAUAUGGUUUCAAGAAUGAGUAUUGAUGACAUUAGAAGAAUUGGAGUUGUACUCAUUGGACACCAGAGACGAAUAGUCAGCAGUUUACAAACUUUGCGGUUACACAUGAUGCACAUACAGGAGAAAGGAUUUCAUGUAUGAAAGUACUGGAAUCAACUGUGUUUUGUGCCUCAGCAUUUCUAA